CCCGUCUACCACUUCAUCAGAUGACAAGAAAGUGGGCUGAAGAAGUGUUCAUCACUCAGUACAAACGUUGAAACGGAUUUUGAUUUUAUUUUUAGUCCAUCCUCAUAUAGGCUACUGAAAGGACCACAGUUAUCCGGGACUACAAGCUUUAGAAAGUUUGUUUCGGUACUUUUUUCAGUUUGGAGUGGUGACUGGCUCUUUUUUAUGAUAGCCAGUAGUUACCCGAACAAAACGUUUACGCUUGUCAAAGUAACUUCAGUGACGUGCAAAGAACUGCGGGAUAACAGACGGAUUGAUUCUUUGUUGGCUGGGGAAAAGAUAAAAAAAAGAUGCCACUACUGUGGGUCUGGGCGCUCCUUCUCUUCUCAAAGGUGGCUGUGGGCGAUAUCUGUGCCAGCCAGAGGUACACAGAUGCUGGCGAGUGCUGUAAGGUGUGCCCCCCUGGAACGCGAGUGGCCGUCGAGUGUGGUGAAGACAACACACAGUGUGAGCCAUGUCAGCAGGGUUUGACUUUUAGCUCCUCGGAGGACUCGCGGCAGUGCCUCACGUGUGCCAGGUGUCCGCGUGGCGCCCCCCUGAUGGAUGCCUGCACCGCCACCCGAGACACCGUGUGCCACUGCGGCCCCACCGCCUACCUGUGGCGCGAGGGGGACAACGUCACGCUUGCCCUGUGUGCCGGGUGCUCAAAGUGCUCGCUUGGGCAGGGGUUGGUGCAAAAGUGCAGCGAACACGGGGACACGGUGUGCGAGGAGUGCCCGGCGGGCACGGCCUUCAACGAGGAGACCAGUCACGGCAAGGCCUGCACACCAUGCACGCAGUGCAAGCCAAACGAAGUGGAGAUCCGGGCCUGUGAGCCUUUUGCCGAUGCCCUCUGCAUGGACAAACAGCUCCACAUCAACAGUCGGCCGGUGUUCUCCGACGGCACCCGCGCCUCCUCAGCAGGGACGAGUCCUCAGCCCCCCCAGUCGGGCGAUCCCCGACUCACCCCUCACGAGGAGGAGCGUGGCGGCAGCAACAUCCUGGUGUACGUGUCCGUGCUGGCGGCCGUCGUGUUGGGCCUGCUGCUCUAUGUGGCCUACAAAUGCUGGAGGUCUUGCCAGCAGAAGCAGGCCCUUGGGAAGGCCCGUGCGGCCGCUGAGCUCAACAACGCCCCCGAAGGAGAGAAGCUGCACAGUGACAGCGGCGUCUUCCUAGACUCCCACAGCUUUCAGGAUACGCAGCCCAGCAAAGGCAGCAAGAGAGACAGCAAGCAGGACAGCCGCCUGUAUGUGAACCUGCCACCGCACCGCAAGGAGGAGGUGGAGCGGGGCCUGGGCGACGGGUCAGCACGGGCCGGCUGGAGAGAGCUGGCCGAGGCGCUGGGCUACGAGCAGGAGCGCGCCGACCUCUUUGGGCGCGGCGAGGACCCAGUGCGCACGCUGCUGAGCGACUGGGCCCAGCAGGAGGGCGCCACGCUGGGGCUGCUGUGCUCCGCGCUGGUGCGCAUCGAGAGACCCGACGUGGUCGCUACGCUGACCAGCCCCGCGCAGGGCGUGUCUGUGGUGUGAGGCACCGCUCGCUUUGAAGCAGCCAGCCCCCGAAACACACACACACACGCACACACGCACACACACACACACACACACACACACACACACACACACACACACACACACACGCACAUGCCCUCUCACAGAGCAAAUCAAGACACGCACACACACAAACACACACACUCACAUACACAAAUAUAGACUCUUCUGUGGGGUCAUCGCAGCGCAGCCUUCAAAGAGACAUUUGUUUGCUCGUCAUGCCAAGAGUCCCACUGUUGUCUCCUAGCAUGGCGGCUGCAGCCCUGAGAUGAACGCGAGAUGGACACCAGGUGCCUUUCCUGUUUGUCGCCGGCCGGCUCCCGGCACCCAGCAGCCUGCUAUUUAUUUUCUGCCACGUCUGGAGCAGAUUUAUGACCAGGACUGCAGAGCAAGAGAACACACCAAAGAGUGAAACGUGCCUACAGACGCUCCUUCCUUUGGGAAGUUAUGUAGCAAUGGUCCAAAGUGAAUUAUGUAAAAGCUUUCAAAGUUAAGCAUUCUGUGUUUUUCUAUGCAUAAAUAUUCACAUUUGUUUUAUACCUGUGUACAUAGUAUUAAUAAAUAAUUAACUACAAGAACUUCUUUUUACUUAAAGUUAUAUGUGUUUAGCAGAGAAUAGAUGUUUGAGCACAGAACCACAGCUAGGCACUGGGGCAGCCUGUGUGAGGGGGGAGUUUAUGGGUCCGCCGGCCCCGACUGAGUGAGCUGCCCCAGCCAUCCAAUAACCAGGCUGUCCAUCCCUGGGCCCAAACCACCCAACAACCAGGCUCUCCAUCCCUGGCUCCAGCCCCCCAGCAAUCAAGCUCUCCACCCCUUUUCAUCUGGGAUGACUGUGCUGCGUGGCGAAGGCAUCACUCAGCUGGCUUUGUGUUCACAGCUCGGUUGUUUGACUGAUGCGCCGUAUUUUUCUGGGGGGGGGGGGGGGCUUUGAUUUCUGGGGCUCUCCCUUGAUGGGGCGCCACAUGAUGACUAAUAUGCCUUUGUGUCAUGCUGGCGUAACCUCAGACUAACCCAGGACUCAGCCACAAAGUUCUGUCCAUGUACUAUUGUCAUAAAUCAGCCAUUGCUUCAUAUCCAUGUUAAAUGAAAUGUUAUGUUUAUAAAUGUCUUUAGCCUAUUUUCAUAUAAUAAAAGCAAUAGAUAAUUGUGUUUGGUAUGAAUGCA